UUUUUGUAUUUUUGAUUUGAUUUGAUUAUUUUUUUUACAAACACGUCCGGGUCCAGUUGAGAUGUAAUGUUGUGUGGCCACACAGCUGAGCACGGGUCUCCUUCUUCUGCGCUGCUUCGUGAAGCUUGGAGUCCAAGAUCGGCGGGCACGGAAUGGCGCGGUUUGGAGAUGAGGUGCCGGCCAGGUACGGCGGCGUCGGCGGAGGGGGCCCCGGCGGAAUGGGGCCCGGGGGCCGCGGCGGCAGCAGGCAAGGUGGACCCCACGGACACGGGCACGGACACGGGCACGGCGCGCACGGCCCGCAUGGCCACGGACCACCGCACGGAGGGCCCGGGGCCCAGCGGAUGUACAAGCAGUCCAUGGCGCAGAGGGCCCGGACCAUGGCCCUCUAUAACCCCAUCCCCGUGCGCCAGAACUGCUUCACCGUCAACCGCUCGCUGUUCAUCUUCAGCGAGGACAACUUCGUGAGGAAAUAUGCCAAAAAGAUCACCGAAUGGCCUCCGUUUGAGUGGAUGAUUCUUGCCACCAUCAUUGCCAACUGUAUCGUCCUGGCUCUGGAGCAACAUUUACCAGAUGGAGACAAGACGCCGCUGUCUGAACGGCUGGAUGAUACAGAGCCAUAUUUCAUUGGGAUCUUCUGCUUUGAGUCUGGAAUAAAGAUCCUGGCACUUGGUUUUGCCUUCCACAAGAACUCCUACCUGAGAAAUGGAUGGAACGUCAUGGACUUUGUGGUGGUGCUCACAGGGAUUCUGUCCACUGUGGGCUCAGAUUUCGACUUACGGACUCUUCGGGCUGUGAGGGUACUGAGGCCUCUCAAACUGGUGUCCGGUAUACCCAGCUUACAGGUGGUGCUCAAAUCUAUCAUGAAGGCCAUGAUUCCUUUGCUGCAAAUUGGCCUGCUUCUUUUCUUUGCCAUCCUCAUGUUUGCCAUCAUCGGCCUGGAGUUCUACAUUGGAAAAUUCCAUCAAACCUGCUUUGACAAUAACACAGGAGAGAUCCGAAAAGAGUUUCCAUGUGGCCACGAACCUCCAUCACGGAUGUGUCCAGAAGGCACCGUUUGUAGGAGUUACUGGUUGGGACCAAACUAUGGCAUCACCCAAUUUGACAACAUCCUGUUUGCUAUUCUCACCGUCUUCCAGUGCAUCACCAUGGAGGGCUGGACAGAACUGCUCUACUAUAGCAACGACGCCUCAGGGAGUGCGUGGAACUGGAUGUACUUCAUCCCCUUAAUCAUCAUCGGCUCCUUCUUCAUGCUCAACCUGGUGCUUGGUGUGUUGUCAGGGGAGUUUGCCAAAGAGAGAGAGCGUGUGGAGAACAGGAGAGAGUUCCUGAAGCUCCGAAGACAGCAGCAGAUUGAAAGGGAACUUAAUGGUUACCUUGAGUGGAUCUGCAAGGCUGGCUCACCGUUUGCCCGUGCCAGCCUGAAAAGCUCAAAACUAGAGGGGUCGACGUUCAAGCGGCGAGAGCGCCGAUUUCGCUUCUUUGUCCGGCGUGUUGUGAAGUCCCAGGCCUUCUACUGGAUCGUGCUGUGUUUGGUGGGCCUCAACACACUGUGUGUGGCUGUAGUGCACUACGACCAGCCUGAGCCACUUUCAGAUUUUCUAUUUUAUGCUGAAUUCAUCUUUCUGGGAAUAUUCCUGACAGAGAUGGUUAUAAAAUUGUAUGGUCUGGGAAGACAGGCCUACCUCAACUCCUCAUUCAACUGCUUUGACUGCAUUGUGAUAAGUGGUAGUAUAUUUGAAGUACUGUGGUCCAUCAUCCAGCCGGGCACGUCAUUUGGCAUCAGUGUGCUCCGAGCUCUCAGGUUAUUAAGAAUCUUCAAAGUCACCAAGUACUGGGCAUCGCUGCGUAACCUUGUUGUCUCUCUGCUCAACUCCAUGAAGUCCAUUAUCAGCUUGCUCUUCCUGCUCUUCCUCUUCAUAGUUGUCUUUGCCCUGCUGGGCAUGCAGCUCUUCGGAGGACAGUUUAAUUUUGAAAAUGGCACCCCUCCGACCAAUUUUGACACCUUCCCUGCAGCAAUAAUGACAGUGUUUCAGAUCCUGACCGGCGAGGACUGGAACAUGGUGAUGUACGAUGGCAUCAAGUCUCAGGGCGGUGUUAACAAAGGAAUGGCCUUCUCUGUCUUCUUCAUUGUCCUCACACUUUUUGGCAACUACACUCUGCUUAAUGUGUUCUUGGCUAUCGCUGUGGACAAUUUGGCCAACGCACAGGAACUGACCAAGGAUGAGCAGGAGGAAGAGGAGGCUGCCAGUCAGAAGAUGGCCCUGCAGAAAGCCAAGGAGGUGGCUGAAGUCAGCCCGCUGUCGGCCGCCAACCUCUCCAUUGCAGCCAACAAAGUACACAGUGAGUGUCACAACGCGUCCGACCCCUUUCUGGACUGUAAAGAGCAGCAGAAAAACCACACUAAAGGGGUCAGUAAGUCAGUAUGGGAACAGCGCACCAAGGAGCUGAGAAGGCAGACUCUGGUAUCCAGCCGCGAGGCCCUCUUCAAUGAGUUGGACCCUGAUGAUCACUGGAAGGCAAGGACAGGGAGGGAGGAGCACAACAAUGUCAACUUUUCACGUCACAUCCGUCCAGACAUGAAAACUCACCUGGAUCGUCCGUUAGUCGUCGACCCCCGCGAGAACCGAAACAACAACACCAACAAAAACACUGCCAACAAUUCAGACCUCUGUGUCACCCAGCACCGCUCUGCAGACGAACUUCACAAGCAAACACAGCUCCAACAGUACCACAGCCAACCGAGUGGGGGUGGUGGAGGAGGUUCAAGCCCCCCCAGGCCUCCGCUUGAUCGAGGGGAGUCCACAGAAAGUAGGCGAAGCCGCAGAGGUGAGCACCACCACCACAAGUCUCAUGUCCGAUUGGAUGCUACGGUCAUUCCCGGUCCUGGCUCGGAGGAGAGGCCGGCCAGACGCCAUCACCACACCCGGAGCGGCAGUCAGGGCGGAGGACAGUCGAAGCACAGGAAGCCCAGGUCGCACAGAAAAAAUGCGGAAACUGGAGAGGAUGGUGGUGGAGAAGGAGCUGGAAAAUCAGGGAAACAUAGGAGUAAAGGAAUAGAGGGCGGUGGAGAAGGAGGUGAACAGGAGGGAGCUGGCGACGGCAGCGAGAGGAAGCCGAGAAAAAGUCGGCACGGCAACCAAGACGGAGAGGGGAGGAGAAUGUGCCAGCACAGGAGGAAGGAAUGCAGUGUCCCAAACCUCUCCACUACCCGACCCAUUCAGAAGAGCCUCUCUAGACAGAAUAGUCAGUACAGCGAGGAUAUGGACAACCUCAUGAAUACCAAACUGGUUUCUGGCUCUUCUCAGCUCAAUGAAGGUCACAGUAAUCCUCUUGCCAAUCACACAGUGGCCCCUGGCUUUGGUUCUGCCCUACAUCUUGCUAGAAGUGGCACUCAUGGAAGCUUAGUUACAUUAGAUAGCUAUGGGAACAUCGGACAUCACCGUGCACACAGUGUGAUUAGGCUGCCCCACCCUGACUACACAGCUCUGGACAUGCCAAUAUUCCCAUCCAUUAAUGCCAUACUGCAAGUUAAUAAAAAUGCCAACACUGAGCCUCUUCCAGCAAAGGAGGAUAAGGAUGAUGACGAUGAUAAGGGAGGUGAAGGAGGUCCCAGGCCCAUGCCUCCCUAUAGCUCCAUGUUCAUCCUGUCCACCACUAAUCCCUUUCGGCGAGCAUGUCACUACGUUUGCACUCUACGUUAUUUUGAAAUGUGCAUCCUGCUGGUCAUUGCCAUGAGCAGUAUAGCCUUGGCUGCUGAGGAUCCCGUCUGGCCUGAUUCCCCUCGAAACAAUGUACUUCGCUAUUUUGACUAUGUCUUCACAGGAGUGUUUACAUUUGAAAUGCUGAUAAAGAUGGUGGAUCUAGGGUUGGUUUUGCACCAGGGCUCUUAUUUCCGGGACUUGUGGAACAUCCUUGACUUUAUAGUGGUUAGUGGUGCUCUGGUGGCCUUUGCCUUCACGGGGAGCAGUAAGGGAAAAGACAUCAGUACUAUCAAGUCUUUGAGGGUUCUGCGAGUGCUACGUCCUUUGAAGACUAUUAAACGUCUUCCCAAACUCAAGGCCGUGUUUGAUUGCGUGGUGAACUCUCUGAAGAAUGUGCUGAACAUCUUGAUUGUCUACCUACUCUUCAUGUUCAUUUUUGCGGUGGUGGCUGUGCAGCUUUUCAAGGGGCGCUUUUUUUACUGCACUGAUGAAUCCAAAGAGUUUGAGCGUGACUGCAGAGGCGAGUAUCUGGUGUAUGAGCGUGAUAACGAAGUGAGGGCGCAGAAGCGGGAGUGGAAGAAAUACGAUUUCCACUAUGAUAACGUGGCUUGGGCCCUUCUUACCCUCUUCACUGUUUCCACUGGAGAGGGGUGGCCGCAGGUGCUAAAACAUUCAGUAGAUGCGACCUACGAGAAUCAGGGCCCAAGCCCGGGAUACCGGAUGGAGAUGUCCAUCUUUUACGUGGUGUACUUCGUGGUCUUCCCCUUCUUCUUCGUCAACAUUUUCGUAGCGCUCAUUAUCAUCACCUUCCAAGAACAAGGAGACAAGAUGAUGGAGGACUAUAGUUUAGAAAAGAAUGAGAGAGCCUGUAUAGACUUUGCCAUCAACGCCAAGCCUCUGACACGUCACAUGCCUCAGAACAAGUUGAGCUUUCAGUAUCGAAUGUGGGAGUUUGUGGUGUCACCACCUUUUGAAUAUACUAUCAUGGCUAUGAUUGCACUCAACACGAUAGUGCUGAUGAUGAAGUAUGACGAAGCUUCUCCCACCUACGAAGCUGUGUUAGCCAACCUGAACAUAGUGUUUACCUCCCUCUUCUCCUUGGAGUGUGUACUCAAGAUCAUUGCCUUCGGAGCUUUGAAUUAUUUCAAAGAUGCCUGGAAUAUUUUUGACUGUGUGACAGUUCUGGGCAGCAUCACUGACAUCCUGGUGACAGAGCUCGGGAUGGAUAAUUUCAUCAACUUGAGUUUCCUGAGGCUGUUCAGGGCAGCUCGUCUCAUCAAGCUGCUCAGGCAGGGAGAAACCAUCCGCAUCCUGCUCUGGACCUUCGUUCAGUCUUUCAAGGCGCUGCCUUAUGUCUGCCUUCUCAUUGCCAUGCUGUUUUUCAUCUACGCCAUCAUCGGGAUUGGCAGGAUCAGUUGCAGGGAAAUGUAUGACAUGCUGAGGCACAUGAGUCCUCCUCUGGGCCUCGGGAAGAGGUGUCCAGCACGGGUGGCCUACAAGAGGUUGCUUCGUAUGGAUCUCCCCGUGGCCGAUGACAGCUCAGUCCACUUCAACUCCACUCUCAUGGCUUUGAUCCGGACGGCGUUGGAUAUCAAGAUCGCCAAGGGUGGUAUCGACAAGCACCAGAUGGACGCGGAGCUGAGGAAAGAGAUGAUGGCGAUCUGGCCCAACCUCUCCCAGAAAGCGCUGGAUUUGCUGGUUACGCCUCAUAAAGCGACGGACCUGACCGUGGGGAAGAUCUACGCUGCCAUGAUGAUCAUGGAGUACUACCGGCAGAGCAAGAUCAAACGGUCACAGGCACUUCGUGAUGAGCAGAAUCGAACGCCAUUACUGUUUCAGCGCGUGGAGCCACCUACCCCCUCUCAGGACGGGGGUCCGGGACUUAACAACACCCUGCCUCCACCUGAAACAAUGGGUGCUGGCAACAGCCUGCCGGUGGAGGGUGGGAUCCCGGAAAGCCAUUCAUGGGUGACGGAUCGCGCUAAGGAGAUGUCCCAAAAGGUUGGCAGCUGGAGCCCUGAAGGCCUCUCUGAGGAAGGCCUGGGAAGAAUGACCAACUCCCAGACGGUAGAGAUGAAGGAGAUGGGGCGGGAUGGUAACUCGGAUACUGAACACUUUCCACCAAUGGAAGGCCACGGCAGGGCCGCUUCCAUGCCCCGCCUCCCAGGCGACAACCAAACCAUCAGUGACAGCAGUCCCAUGAAACGGUCGGCCUCGUCCUUGGGGCACAGCAGGUCUGGGCGGGGCCACAGAGACAAAGGAGGUGCAGAUGACUACACCAUGGAGCAUGCCAUACCUGAGGAGGGGCGGGCUUCCAGACAUGGACACCGCCGAAAAGACCGGAGCCAUCGAGCGUCGGAGCGGUCCUUGUGUCGCUACAAUGAGGCUGACGCGGGCCUGGGCCCGGACCAGUCGGGUGACCUCACCUCGAAAGAGAAGGAUCGAGACCGAGGUCGCUCUAAAGACCGUAAGCAUCACCACCAUCAUCACCAUCACCACGGCUCCAUUGAUAAGGAGCGCUACGUAGCAGACAGAGGGGGCGAGUAUGGACACCGGCACUCCCGGGAGAUGGAGCACGACCGGGACCGGGACAGAGAGAGGGACCGACGCUGGUCUCGAUCGCCCAGCGAGGGCCGCGAGGGCCGCGAGGGCCGCGAGUGCAUCACACAUAGACAGGGCAGUAGUUCAGUCAGCGGAAGUCCUGUCCCGUCGACCUCGGGGACCAGUACGCCACGUCGAGGCCGUCGACAGUUGCCUCAGACGCCUGCCACCCCCAGACCCCAUGUCACAUACUCCCCUGUAGUCCGUAAACCCACGCCCACGCCUCCUGGGGGACUGCAGGGCAGACCCCCAGCCCCAGUUCCUCGGCACUUUUCCCCAGAGCCUUUCCAGGGACAGGGUCCUCCAAUGACCCACCACGCUGCGCCCCGUCAGGGUCAUCACCCCCCGCCUCGCUGGGGAGACACAGGCAGUGGUGGUGGUUCCGUAGAAGGGGACGGCUGCUUCUACAACCAGGACUACGAGACGCAUCAUGAACCACCUGCUUAUGAGCAGAGCUCCGUACAGGGUGGAAACCCCCACCCCCACAGCCUGGCCAACCACCCACUGCCAUCGCCCGCACAACCACAGCCUCAUAACCCCUAUACCCUUCCUCCCCAACAGCCUCACCCUAUCAACAACCCCCACUUGCAGCCUGCUCGCACCUCACCAAGGACUGUCCACCACGCGCCUCCUCCCACCACUGCCCUGACGGGGCCCGUGCAGAGCCAGGCUCAGCCGGCCGCCCAGCGCCGUCUGCCCAACGGCUACCGAGCCCCAUCGCCGUCCACGCAUCUCCACGGACACAGUGGGCCUCACAAGAUCCCCCCUCCAGCUGGGCAUCCGAGAGGUUCCCAUAAGGGCCUGCAUGAACCCUUCGGAGAGAAAGAGGAAGACGAUUGGUGCUAGCCUCUGGGGAAGGGGGAAGGGAUGUACGAAGGAAAAAUUACGGAUGGACUGAAAAAUAAAUAGAGCAAAGAAAGCUCUGAGCCAGAGCAGCGACUGCCAAGGGAUAUCACAACUUUUCUUUCUAGUCUGUUCAUUGUUUUUCCUCUCCUCGCUUCCUCGGGGGUGUCCCAGGUGACGUUGCUUGAUAAAAGCUACGGUGUCAGGACAAGAAGACGGAGCGCGAACGCUGAGGCGGAAUCUGGAGGAACAAGACGCAAACCACGGUUCGUUUGUUUUCCAUCGUCUCUCGAUGCCAAAAACUCAAGUCGACGUUUUCAUGGACGGCGGGAGGAAGGAUGGAUGCUCUUCGUGUCUUAAAUUACUGUAUGCCUCUGGCAACGAGCUAUAGCCACUUACAAGAUGUCAAGAGUCGCGACUCGAUAAAAGACACUCUAAAGUCAGAGACGAGGGAGAACAUUUUCCUUUUUUUGAGGGGUGGGGGUGAUUUUGAGGCUAACUUUUGUCAAGUUAGCUUAAAAAAAAAAAGAUCAGAUCCAAUCCUCCCAGCCACAAGUUGAAUAUUGAUGAGUUUUAUCAUCUGUGUUUUUAAAUAACGACUAAACUGACAAAGA